GGGUUUUCAAAACCCCAAAUCACUGCAAUCACGCUUCAUUUCAUCCGAUCAAAGAUCAUGGCGGUAAAUCUUACCUCCGGCGCAAUAUCGAUUCUAACGAGUGGGGAAUCGAAGGAUCUGAAACCGGUGCUUCAGGUGACGGAUAUUCGGUUGAUUCGGACGCAAAAUCCGAGUGGGGGUGGUGGAGAAAACAGUGGGGAUAGAUACAGGGUGCAGCUAUCUGAUGGUUCUUUUCACCAGCAAGGGAUGCUUGCUACUCAGCGCAAUGAGUUAGUCAUCUCUCAACAGUUGCAGAAGGGUUCCGUUGUUCAGUUGACUGAGUUUGUUUGUAAUACGAUCCGUGAACGCCCUAUUAUCAUCAUCAUCAAUCUCAAUGUGAUUAUGGAAAAGUGUGAUACCAUUGGUGAUCCAAAGCCAUUCCCUCUAAAACUCCCUGGUGGAGAUACUCCUUCACUGACAAGACCUUUACCACCUACACAAUCUCCUUCCAAUCAACCACCAACAACUGUCAAUGACACCCGAUUUUCCAACCAAGCUCCGCCUCCUGGACCUGUUAUUCGCCCACAUGCCAAUUCUUAUGGCCCUCCACCACCCCCUGCUGCAAACAACCGUAUGCCGCCAGUCCAACCACCACCAAUGUAUGCCAACAGAGGACCCAUGGCUAAAAACGAAGCUCCUCCAAGAAUCAUACCAAUUGCAGCUCUAAAUCCCUAUCAAGGUAGAUGGACAAUUAAAGCCAGAGUAACUUCAAAAGGUGAACUCAGACGUUACAACAAUGCAAAAGGAGAUGGAAAAGUUUUCUCAUUUGAUCUUCUUGAUUCUGAUGGAGGAGAAAUCCGAGCCACCUGUUUCAAUACAGUAGCUGACACUUUCUACAACCAAAUUGAAGUAGGAAAAGUUUACUAUCUCUCAAAAGGAACCCUAAAACCUGCUCAAAAAGCCUUCAAUCAUCUCAAAAACGACUUUGAAAUCACCCUCGACCACACCUCGACAGCUCAGCAAUGCUUCGAUGAUGACACCUCAAUUCCACAUCAGCAGUUUCACUUCUGUUUAAUCAGUGAAGUUGAAGAAAUGGAAAACAACACUGUUCUAGAUGUUAUUGGUGUUGUAACCAAUGUCAACCCCACAUCAUCAAUCACAAGAAAAAACGGAAAUGAAGCUCAAAAAAGAACAAUUUUUUUAAAAGACAUGUCUUUAAGAAGCAUUGAGUUGACUUUAUGGGGUGACUUUUGCAACAAAGAAGGUCAAACACUUCAAGAAAUGUCUGAUUCAGGUGAAUUUCCUAUCCUUGCUGUGAAAUCAGCUAGAGCAUGUGAUUUCAAUGGAAAAACAUUAACAAGUAUAGUAUCAAGCCAGCUCAGCAUAAACCCUGAUUUCCCAGAAGCUCAAAAACUCAAAACAUGGUUUGAAAGUGUUGGAAAAAACACCCCAUCUGUAUCCAUGUCACUCAAUUCUCUUUCUACUUCUUCCACACAUCCAGAUUCAUUCAAAACUAUCUCUCAAAUCAAAGAUGAAAAACUCGGGACUUCUGAAAAACCUGAUUACAUAACAAUCAAUGCCACAAUCUGGCAUAUGAAACUUGAAAACUUUUACUACACUGCAUGUCCAAUCAUGGUAGGUGAAAGAAAAUGCAGCAAAAAAGUUGUGGAUAAUGGAGAUGGGAAAUGGAAGUGUUUGAAAUGUGAUAAGGUUGUUGAUGAAUGUGAAUACAGAUAUAUUUUACAACUAGAAAUCCAAGAUCAUACUGGGUCAACAUGGGUAACUGCUUUUCAAGAAAUUGGUGAGGAGAUUAUGGGGUUUUCUGCUAAAGAUUUGCAUGAUAUGAGAUAUGAAGAGCAAGAUAAUGAUAAGUUUACUGAAACUGUUCGUGGUGUUCUUCAUAAUGAGUAUUGUUUUAAGUUGAAAGUGAAGGAAGAGAGUUGGGGUGAUGAACAACGUGUGAAAUCGAGUGUUGUGAAAGUUGAAAAGAUAAAGGGCAGGGAGGUGUUUUGCCUGCGAAUCAGGUCGGUCAUUGUGGUGGUGGAAUUGGUGUUGCAUAUGGUGUUUAUUAACUUUAAAGAUCUUUGUUGUGAUAAUGGCUCAAUUUAGGUUUUUGAAGAUUGGGGUGAAGUUUUAUGUUUAUGACAUAUGUGCCCUUGGAAGCAAGACAUGGAUCUUGAAGUAGAUGUUUUUUUGUGUCUUUUGUUUUGGUAAAUGUUUUCUAUUUUACUCCUAGUAGUUUUCCAGUACGAUAGUUGUUAUUUUAUCUUGUAGAAUUGGUUGUGUUCAGUUGUUUAAUUUUUUGAUUACUAUCUUUAAUUUUGCAUGG